AUGAACAGUGACUCGUAUGCAACCAAAAAUUGCCGUUGCUCCGCAGCGUUCGCGUUCACCGACCGAGACACCCUGCUGUAUGCCAUGCCGAAAUCUAGUGGCGCCAUCUGGAAGUUUUCCAGAAACAACCGAAGCAGGAUUUUGUUAGCCAUCCAUCCGCAACAUAGCUUAUCACUCGGCAUACUGGAAGCGAUCCUUAGUCCUCUGUUCGAAUAUUUGGAUAAUAAUAUUGCCUUUCGAUGGACAUCCGUCAGUGAUGACGAAAAGCAAGCCAACAUUCGAUCGGACGCAUCCAUCAAUAUCAUACAUGGAGCAAUGCUGGACGAUCGAUUCGGUUGUGGCGAACUCCGCGGCAUUGGCCUUUCAACCAGCCGUAAAUACCAAUUAUCUGAACCAGUACCAGGCCCUGGAUCACCGGCUUAUCGGCUCGAUCUGUUCCAUAUCGCAGCAUUGGCCAAAGAUGCUUCCGAUAAGCACAAGUUGAAAUCAACUUUUGCCUUCCCGUAG